AUGAUGAAAGUAAUUAGUAGGAUGUCUUCAUUAAUUCUUAAGAAAUCAGAUGAUAUGAUUCUUUUUGCUAAUGAUCAUCCAGUUAAAUUAGGUGAAACUUUAAAGUUUGGAAAUUCAUUGGGAGUAGUCAUGUCAAUUUUUGAAAGAAAUCAAUUAGCAUUAUUAUUAUAACAAUCUGAGGUGUUAGAGCCUAUCUAAUAAGUUAAUUCAUUAAAAGCUUGUCCUCAAAAUGAAAUAUGUACUAUUGCAGACAUAAAAGAAUCAAAUGAAAAUAUUGCUGAUAAUAAAAUAUUACCAAAAAGAGUGCUUCCAUAGAAUUAAAUUUUAACACAUAAUGUAUAUAUCGAUCUCUUUCAUCCAAUAACGUAUGGUCAAAUGCUUAUCAUUAAAGAUAAAGAGCUUUUAAAUAAGUUGUAGGCUUUCGAUUAGAUCAUCUAUUAUGGGAGGUCUCCAAUCAAAUAAGCUACUUGGUUUAAAUAAGCAGAUAAUUAAGGUUCAAAUUAUUUUUUACCAAAAUUUGCAUUACAAUAUGCCAAAUAAAAAGCAAAAACUAAUAAAACAUUAUUAAUAAUGGAUUAAAUUUAUGGUCAUUAUGUUGCACAUUAAAAAUUAUAAGAGACAAUUCAAUCAUAUGUUUAUGAAAGAACUACAAAAACAGUGUACUUGUCAAAUCUUUUAAAAGAGCUUUCGGAAUCAUGUGGUUAUAGACCAGGACAUAGCAAUCUUACUGUUGCUGUAUUACAUAAAGAUUCCAAAGAUGAUUUAUUAAAUGAUGAAUUGGAAAAAGAAGUAAUAUUUAAAUGUAAUUCAAUCUUUAGUUAGAAUCCUUGUAAUCUCAUACUCCAACACCAACUGUAUCUAAACCAAGUCCAUUCAGUUUGUAAAUCCAAAGUCCUUUGUAUUAUCAUUUAGCUUAAGAAUUAUACGAUAUUCUUUCAUAAUAUAAUGAAAAAAAAUCAGAAUAUUUAUAGAAACAAUAGUUAAAGAUCCAUAUAGAUCCUUGGGACUUUUAUUAAUAUUUUGAUUGCAAACCAAUAGUGUAAAUGAUCAACAUAUUCAACCAGUAGAAUGGUCAAGAACAUGAAUUAGCAAUCUUAGUAGAUUUCUCUGUUAAAGCAUUCAAAGAAGAAUUGAUUUGUCAACUAAAAGGUAUUUAUAAAGUAUAUAUUUUAGGUUCACCUAAAGAAAUUUUGAAUGAUCUUCUCGGAUUCUCUUAUUAAAUAAAAGAAUUUGAUGGAAAGACAUUUGCUAAAUUUUAUUAUGAAAAGAAAAAUGAAUUAAAUGGAAAUGAAUUUAAGAAUGUUAUAAUUGAAAAUCUAGGAAGAUUUUAUGAAUUAUUUAUGCUUCAUUUAAGAAUGACAGAUUAAUUGUUAUAAUACAAAAAAGAUUACAUUUGAUU